AUGGGUCAAAUAUUACUAGAACUUACCAUAUGUACCGGACUGCUGAUCCUGUCAGCAGGAAUAGAAGGUCGACAGAAGGAUCCUUCAUGGUCAGGAUAUUAUAGAGACAAUGGAGCACACCAUCUGCUGAAUGAAAGGCCAAAGUUCACGCACCAAAACUUCCUGCCUUUUGGAAAUAUAUCCUCGAAUCCCUUCAUAAGCGCCUUGGAAUCGCAGGACGAUUUCCACACUAGGAUCGUCAAUGGCGAAAGGAUCCCCUGCGAGGAAGCUCCGUUUCAGGGUUCCCUGCACUACAAAGGAUAUUUUGUGUGUGGGUGUGUGAUCAUCUCCAGAUUAUGGGUCAUGACUGCCCACCACUGCUAUUUCGGACCACAUCAAAACUACCAGGUGCGAGUGGCAACUGAUCAACACAGACGAUUCGGUCAGCUCCGUGAUGUAAGCAGGAUCGUGGCACUGGCAGACUAUGAUGACUACACAAUGCAACACGAUCUGGCCUUGAUAAAACUGAAAUCACCGCUCUUCUACGAUAAAUGUGUCCAGCAGGUGAAACUGCCCUCGCCAAAUACUAAGAGAUUUCCCAGAAAAUUCGCGGUCAGUGGAUGGGGCAUCACCUCGGUAAAUGCCCAGAAUGCCCAGCCUUAUCUUCGCCGCGUGGAACUCGACUUUAUGAGGAGGGAAAAGUGCCAGCAGAAGUACAAGAAGGUCGGCAUAAAAAUAUACAAGCACAUGAUUUGUGCUAGUCGAACGAGGAAGGACAGCUGCUCCGGAGAUUCCGGCGGUCCGCUGACCAGACACGGUAUCCUCUAUGGAAUCGUGUCCUGGGGCAUUGGUUGCGCCAAUAGGAACUAUCCUGGUGUUUUUGUCAACUGCAAGCGAUAUAUUCCUUGGAUAAAAAGGGUCUUAAAAAAGUAUUAG